ACUGUCUGCGCCGCCAUGAGCGCCCGCCUCGCCUCCCCCGUCGACCCCGAGCGGCGCGUCCGCAGCACGUUGAAGAAAGUCUUUGGGUUUGAGGCUUUUAAGACGCCUCUGCAGGAGCAGGCCACCAUGGCGGUGGUGAAAGGAGACAAGGACGUCUUUGUAUGCAUGCCCACUGGGGCAGGCAAGUCCCUGUGCUAUCAGCUCCCUGCCCUGCUGGCCAAAGGUAUCACCAUCGUGAUCUCUCCUCUCAUUGCUUUGAUUCAGGACCAAGUGGACCACCUCCUGGCCCUGAAGGUGCGCGUGCGCUCCCUCAACUCCAAGCUGUCGCCCCAGGAGCGGAAUGAGCUGCUCUCGGACCUGGAGCAGGACCAGCCUCGCACUAAACUUCUCUACAUCACGCCAGAGAUGGCAGCCUCGGCCUCCUUUCAGCCCACACUCGGCUCUCUGCUGGCCCGCCGCCUGCUCUCUUACCUGGUAGUGGACGAGGCUCACUGUGUCUCCCAGUGGGGCCACGACUUCCGGCCCGACUACUUGCGCCUGGGCACCCUGCGCACCCGCCUGGCUCAGGCUCCAUGCGUGGCUCUGACGGCCACGGCCAGCCCGCAGGUCCAGGAGGACGUGUUUGCCGCGCUGCAUCUGCGGCAGCCCACCGCCAUCUUUAGGACCCCUUGCUUUCGGGCCAACCUCUUCUACGACGUAAAAUUCAAGGAGCUGCUCUCCGACCCCUACAGCAACCUCAAGGACUUCUGCCUCAAGGCGCUUGGGAAGAAAGCAGAUGGCGGGGUGUUGGCUGGCUGUGGCAUUGUCUACUGCAGGACCCGAGAUUCCUGUGAGCAGCUGGCCAUAGAACUCAGCUCACGGGGAGUGAAUGCCAAAGCCUACCACGCAGGGUUGAAGGUAUCUGAAAGGACACUGGUGCAGAAGGAGUGGAUGGAGGACAAGGUCCCUGUCAUUGUUGCCACCAUCAGCUUUGGGAUGGGGGUGGAUAAAGCCAAUGUCAGGUUUGUGGCCCACUGGAACAUCGCCAAGUCCAUGGCUGGGUACUACCAAGAGUCGGGCCGGGCAGGCAGGGACGGGAAGCCCUCAUGGUGCCGGCUCUACUACUCCAGGAAUGACCGGGACCAAGUCAACUUUCUCAUCAGGAAGGAAGUAGCCAAACUCCAGGAAAAGAGGGGGAACAAACCAUCAGACAAAGCUUCGAUGCUGGCCUUUGAGGCCCUGGUGACCUUCUGUGAAGAACCAGGGUGCCGCCAUGCUGCCAUUGCCAAGUACUUCGGGGAUGCUGCACCCGCCUGCAACAAGGGUUGUGAUCACUGUCGGAACCCCACAGCCGUGCGCAGACAGCUGGAUGCCCUGGAGCUCAGUGGCGGCCGGAGCAGUACCUGCUUUGUGGGGCCUUCCCAGGCUGGUGGCUUCGACCCAGAGCUCUACGAGGGCGGCCGCCGGGGCUACGGGGGCUUCAGCAGGUACGACGAAGGUUCUGGAGGCAGCGGGGACGAGAGCAGAGACGAGGCCCACAAACAGGAGUGGAACCGCUUUUACCAGAAACAGAUGAGCCUGCGCAAGGGCAAAGACCCCAAGACGGAAGAUUUCGUGCCCCCAGAUGACAACUGUCCGCUGAAGGAUGCAGACAGCAGGAAGAUCCCCAGACUGACAGUGAAGGCCCGGGAGCACUGCCUGCGGCUCCUGGAGGAGGCUCUGAGCAGGAACUGCAAGGCCACAGGCUCUACAGUGGGACCCACCCUACAGGCUGACGCAGUGGAGCUGGAGCACCAAGCGUUCCAAAGCGCCAGGGCAGCCACACUGUACAAGGCGAGCGUGCUGAAGAAGGUGGCUGAGAUUCACAGAGCCUCGCAGGAGCGGCAGACGUACUGCGCAGGGGACGCCACCAGCAGCUCCAGGACCCCGGCCAUGCCCCCAGAGCCCGAUGAGUACGACAUCCCGCCCACCUCCCAUUUGUACUCGCUUAAACCCAAGCGUGUGGGGGCUGGGUUCCCCAAAGACACCCACCCCUUCCAGUCAGCCUCAGAGCUGCUGGAGAAGACCAAGGCCAAGCAGCCCAAGCAGGGGGACCCACAGACGUCCCCCAGCCGGCCAUGCAGACUCCAGGACCAAGAUGGCAGCCAAUCUCCCUCUGGGUCCCAAGGAGAGGCCCCCAGAAGCAGUGGGCACAGUGGGGACCCAAACCCUGGCCAGAAGGCAGCGGCCAAGGGCCGGCCCAGGAAGCAACAACUCCUGGCCUCAGCGGCUCUCAGGGACUCCCAGGACAUUACUCGCUUCUUGAGCCCACCCGUGCCUGCUGGCACCUCAGGAACUCCUGAGGAGAAGGUACCAGAACCCUCUACCCCGGAGGAGGUCACAGCCCUGGCACACUCGGCCACCCCCUCUGUGGCUGAGGCCUGCGCCAAGGACAUGCCGAGGGCCCAUCCACUCAGAGACCAGGGACCCCGUGCGAAGGAGCUGCAGAGGGACAAGCGGCCCAGACCUGAGCAGGAUGGGCCAGACAGCGGCACUCCAAAGAAGCUGUGCCCCUCCAUUGAAGCCCCUGGUGCUGAGGUCCUCGAGCAGAGCACCUCAAAACCCACAGUCAUGGCCCCUGGCAUCUCGCUGAAGGAGGCAGCAGAUGUGGUGGUCCGAUGUCUGAGCCCAUUCUACAAGGAGGGCAAGUUUGCUUCCAAGGAGCUGUUCAAAGGCCUGGCCCAGCGCCUCGCACACUUGCUGGCCCAGCAGCCCUCAGGGGGCAGGAGUGUGAAGCAGGAGGCCCAGCGGCUCAUCCAACAGUUCUUCCGAGGCCGGGCGCGCUGCGAAAGCGAGGCUGAGUGGCAGGACCUGAGGAAUCCCCAGAAGUGACAGGCCACAACUGCAUCCUAGUGCCCUACCUCCACCCUGCCCCAUAUGCCCACCCCAUCAGGGCCUUCCCCCACCCAACGGCCUUGAUUCUUACUCAGGAAGUUCCCUUGUGGCCUCAGGGUCCCUCUAGCCACCCCUAACCCAGGGGACCUUUGGGGAGGGCUGACACUCAGAGGAAUAAAGUUGGUACACAGACAUCCA